AUGUCGAGCACCGAUGCGGAACAGCAAAAGUUCUUGGACGAGGUGAAAGAGCUGAAGACUUGGUGGGAAGACCCAAGAUGGCGUUACACUCGCCGGCCGUAUACCGCCGAGUCCAUUGUCUCGAAGCGUGGUACCAUCAAGAUUGAGUACCCCAGCAAUACCCAGUCGAAGAAGCUUUGGAACUUGGUAGAGGGUAGAUUCAAGAGUGGAGAGGCGAGCGCCACCUACGGUUGUUUGGACCCGGUAAUGGUUACCCAAAUGGCAAAGUACCUCGACACUGUCUACGUUUCCGGAUGGCAAUCCUCCAGCACUGCAUCCAGCUCUGACGAACCGGGUCCGGAUCUUGCUGAUUACCCUUACACAACUGUGCCAAACAAGGUGAACCACCUCUUCAUGGCACAGCUGUUCCACGACCGCAAGCAGCGCGAGGAGCGUCUGUCCCUCCCAGCAAGCCAGCGAUCAAAGGCCGCCAACACUGACUUCCUCCGCCCUAUCAUUGCCGAUGCCGACACUGGUCACGGUGGUCUCACUGCUGUGAUGAAGCUCACCAAGCUCUUCGUUGAGAAGGGUGCGGCUGGUAUUCACAUUGAGGAUCAGAUGCCCGGUACCAAGAAGUGCGGGCACAUGGCCGGUAAGGUCCUGGUGCCCGUCAACGAGCACAUCAACCGUCUGGUUGCUAUUCGUGCUCAGGCCGAUAUCAUGGGAGUGGAUCUUCUGGCUGUCGCUAGGACCGACUCCGAAGCCGCCACCCUCAUCACUAGCACCAUUGACCCUCGCGACCACCCUUAUAUUCUUGGUUCGACCAAUGCAGCUCUCCAGCCGUUGAGCGAUCUCAUGCUUGCUGCUGAGCAGGCUGGCAAGUACGGAUCAGAGUUGCAGGCUGUUGAGGAUGCAUGGAACGCACAAGCCCACUGCAAGCUUUUCCACGAGGCUGUAGCAGACACCAUCAACGCCGGUGUGCACGUCGACAAGCAGGGCCUGAUCAACGAAUUCAUGAAGCAGUCCCAGGGCAAGAGCAAUUCCGAGGCUCGUGCUAUCGCCAAGGGUCUGACUGGUGUUGACGUUCACUUUGACUGGAACUCCCCAAGAACCCGCGAAGGUUACUACCGCUACCAGGGUGGUACUCCUUGCGCUGUGAUGCGUGCCAACGCUUACGCUCCAUACGCCGACAUGAUCUGGAUGGAGAGCAAGCUUCCCGAUUACGCUCAGGCCAAGGAGUUUGCCGAUGGCGUGCACGCCGUGUGGCCAGAACAGAAGCUUGCUUACAACCUCUCCCCAUCCUUCAACUGGAAGGCUGCUAUGGAGGCCAAGGACCAAGAGACCUACAUCCAGCGCCUCGCAAAGCUCGGAUACUGCUGGCAAUUCAUCACUCUUGCAGGUCUGCACAGCACGGCACUCAUCUCCGAUCGCUUCGCGAAGCAAUUCGCUCAGUCCGGCAUGCGUGCCUACGGUGCCAUCAUUCAGGAGCCAGAGAUUGAGGAGGGCUGCGAGGUAGUCACCCAUCAGAAGUGGAGUGGAGCCAACUACGUUGAUGGUCUGUUGCAGAUGGUGCAGGGAGGAAUCUCCAGCACCAGUGCCAUGGGCAAGGGUGUUACUGAGGAUCAGUUCAAAUGA